AUGACGCGUGUAGACAAGGCUGACAUUCUUGAUCUCACAGUGCUCCACCUUCAGCAGCUUCAACAACCCCACCGCUCAGUUUCCAUGGCAACCGAGUUGGCCGCCUACCAAAUCGGGUUCCAGGCUUGUGUAAGGGAGGUUAUGACGUAUCUAACCUCACAGAAAUAUGCAGAUAUGAAGACGAUCAAAGCGCUGAGUGAUCAUCUACAAGCGACACAGCAUGUUCCUCAAAGGUGUGUCCGAAAUCAAACGCCCGUCGGACAUCAGACGUCUACCCCAGUGAGAAUGAAUGACGUCAGCAAAACGUCGACAUACACUCUCAACACUUUGGAUUUUUCUCUAAACACGAGCAUCUCGCUCUCAAGCAACGAGAGUACAUCAGACUCGUGUUACUCGAGUAUGAAUGUCUCAUCAACUGAAAACAGCGACGUCAUAUCUGAAGGCGAUGUUUCUAUUGGAUAUGGCGAAAAAAUUGGUCACAUGUUUAAAGAAACACUGUGGAGACCGUUUUAG